GACGCAGACGGAGAACUGGCAAGCGGAUCGCGCUGAUUGGCUGCGGACCGAGCCAGAAAGUGCUGAAGGUUCCAUUCCGCGGAGCGCGCUGGGCCUUGAGGAUUUAAGCCUAGGAGUCGAGGGCAAGCUCGCUCUUUCUUUCGAGGGAUUCUCCAGCACGUGGCGGGGGACUGAGGAAUCCGUUUCAGCUUCCAAAGUUUUGGGGCUCCCGUUUGCCUGCCCUCCGGCAAAUCCUCUGCCGUUCUUUCUCUCCGGGCCUCUGCAAACCUGUGCUGCCAUGGCCAACGCAGAUGGAAACCCCAUAACUAAGGAGGAGUGGGCCUCUCACAACAAGAUGGUGAUGGAGCCUCUAGACUCCAACGACCCAGAGGUCUACGACAUCAUCAAGAAGGAGAAGCGGCGGCAGCGGCUCGGCUUGGAGCUGAUUGCGUCGGAGAACUUCGCCAGCCGGGCGGUUCUGGAGGCCCUGGGCUCUUGCAUGAACAACAAAUAUUCAGAGGGAUACCCGGGACAAAGGUACUAUGGUGGGACGGAGUUUGUGGACGAGCUGGAGAGGCUGUGUCAGAAAAGAGCUCUGGCAGCUUAUGGGCUGGACCCACAGAAGUGGGGAGUGAAUGUUCAGCCCUACUCAGGGUCUCCAGCGAACUUUGCAGUAUACACAGCCCUCGUAGAGCCCCACGGAAGGAUCAUGGGCUUGGAUUUGCCAGAUGGAGGCCACCUGACCCACGGCUUCAUGACGGACAAGAAGAAGAUCUCGGCCACCUCCAUCUUCUUUGAGUCCAUGCCUUACAAGGUCAACCCUGAAACUGGUUACAUCGACUAUGACAGGCUGGAGGAGAAUGCCCGCUUGUUCCACCCAAAGCUGAUCAUUGCAGGGGUCAGCUGUUAUUCGCGGAACCUGGACUACGCUCGCAUGAGGAAGAUUGCUGAUGAGAACGGGGCAUUCCUGAUGGCUGACAUGGCCCACAUCAGCGGCUUGGUGGCUGCCAACGUGGUGCCGUCCCCCUUCGAGCACUGCGACGUGGUCUCGACCACGACGCACAAAACCCUCCGGGGGUGCCGGGCAGGCAUGAUUUUCUACCGGAAAGGUGCCCGCAGUGUGGAUCCGAAAACGGGGAAAGAAAUCCCGUACAACUUUGAAAGCCUGAUCAACCAAGCAGUGUUCCCUGGUCUACAGGGAGGGCCUCACAACCAUGCCAUUGCGGGAAUUGCGGUAGCUCUGAAGCAAGCCAUGACUCCGGAAUUCAGAGCUUAUCAGAGGCAGGUCGUCGCCAACUGCAAGGCCUUAUCCAACGCCCUUGUUGGCUUGGGAUAUCACAUUGUUACCGGCGGCUCUGACAACCAUUUGAUCCUGGUGGACCUGCGCAGCCGAGGCACGGACGGAGGGCGGGCUGAACGGGUCCUUGAGCUCUGCUCUAUUGCAUGCAACAAGAACACCUGUCCAGGAGACAAGAGUGCCCUGCGCCCCAGCGGUCUUCGGUUGGGAACACCAGCCCUUACCUCCAGGGGAUUCUUGGAAGAGGACUUCCGGAAAGUCGCUCACUUCAUCCAUAAAGGUAUCGAGCUCACCUUGCAGGUCCAGAGCGACAUGAGUCCCAAAGCGACGCUGAGAGAGUUUAAGGAGAAGCUGGUGUCUGACGAGAAGUACCAAGCUCCCUUGAGAUCCCUCCGGCAGGAGGUGGAGGCCUUUGCAGAUACCUUCCCCCUCCCUGGCUUGCCUGUUCUAUAAAAUAAAAGCCACAGCUCCCCCCUGCGCCAGAAGAACAGCAAGGAAACUCCUGCCUGGAACAGCCACGGUUCUUCUUGGCUGCUUUGAAGUGUGGGUUGUCUCGCCAAGCUGCCCUCCCGUAAAAGGGAUUUAGGAGGAAUCGAGGCAUCUCCAGUGCCCACUUUUCUUUACUGUUCUUAGAAGCAGAGCUGCUCUUGAAACAUGCUCUUUAACCAACCUCUACCCCAUCUUUUAAAAAUACGUUGCAUUAAAUAUGGACCCCAGGAGGAAAUGGGCACAGGCCAAAUGAAGCUUUAAAAUCCUCAGUCGGUGGGGUUAACAGCUGUAUUAAUGGACACCCCAUAAUUAUACCCCUGGCAGUGGUAAUGAAGCCCCAAGAGAGAUGUGCCACACAGUUGCUGCGAAUGGAAAUCACAGUAAAAAAUAUUGCAUACAGAAUCAACCCAUACCCAAAGGUCUUGAAUGGAAGAGGCUGAGAGAUGGCGGAAGGGGGGAAAAUACAAUGCCGACAGCAACUCGAAGCUCCCCCGAGGUUUGAAUAAACGUCAAACUGGGUCAUGAGGAAGAAUGAAUCUGAUUUUUUUUUGCCGGGUUUGAGCUUCUCCGUUAAAGCUGGCUUCUUGGAGAAAACAGAUUUGCUCCAAGUCUAAGCAACAAACAACAAAAAGGUAGAUCUUCGUGCCGAGCAUAGCUUGAGCCGCUUUCAAACCAGAGUUUUCUCUUCAUUCAGGAAAACUCAAACCAGAGCCUUCCUUCGCAGUGCGGCUUUGGUUUACGGAACCCCCUGCCACAAGGAUUGGGGGUGGCCAUGAGCAUUUAGCAGGGGUAUUAAGAGCACAGAUCUGUCACUAGGGGUCAGUCAUGAAACGUGCAACCCGGAAGAAAGGGCUGCAGUGUGGAACGCUCCUCUGUUCCAGUAAGACGGUUACGCCUCUGUGAUACAUUUCAUCCCACCUGGUUUUCCAUUCCCACCCUGUUGCAGUGGGGUCCCCCCCACACACUUUUUUACUUUCUCCCCUUAAAAGAUUUCUCGUAUUUCUGCAAAGCUUGGGGAGUCUCCCUGAAGCCUCUGUGGCUGAUGACCUUUGGGCUACUAGAGCAGGGUGCUCACAUCUGAAAACUGGAAAGCUAAACAGAAUCCUCUCAUUCAGAGACAGUGUACCACUGAACCCUCACCGAUCUGCUAGGCAGCUGGCUGUUGCCUUUGUGGCCUGCUUGUGGGUCUCUCAGAGGCACAUAGCUAGUCUGCGGGGAACAAGGCUAGACGAACCUUCCAGUCGGAUCCAGCUGUUUUGCGUGGCUUGUGCCUGAUAUAAUCUCUAGACUACCAAGAUUUCAGCCGUGUAUAGUGAUACCUGGAAAGGGGCGAAGAUAACGUUUCUCCAUUCACCAACAUCGCUGUGGAAUAGCAACUGGCUCAAGUUUCCUAUCGCUGGAGAACGGGGAGAGUUUAAGCAAACCAUCUCAGAUAUUUAACUUUAUCAGAGCGGGCCUACCCUGAACGUAAGAAAAGUCCCGACGCGUCAGCCCAUUGGCCAGUCUAGUCCAGAAUCCUCUUCUCACAAUGGCCAACCAGGUCUCUGCUGGAAACCUGCAAGCAGGAUCUAAGCACAAGAGCGCUCUCUCCACCUGUGGCUCCCAACAAUGGUUAUUUGAAAGCAACGUAGCAAGGCGAAAUUCUGUAACUCUAAAUCCAAGGCAUGGGACCCUCGGCUACAUUAGUAAAGAAACAGCGAUUUGGAUGCACUAUAAACAUGCAACACUAGAUCGCGCCAGAGACCAGGAAUUUUUAAAACGCGAUUUUCCAUAGAGAUUUUUUUUCUUUCGUUAAAGCGAUCUUAUUUCCUGUUUAGAUCCACCCAUGGCUAGCCUCUUGCGCUGCUCAACUCCCAACAUUUGUGGUUGCCAUACUCCAGUCCUCCCCCCCCCCCCCCGCUUUUGUAUCAGACACAGGAGCUCAGAAAUAAGAGUCAGGACAAUUUUUUACUAAGCACAAUAAAAUCAAGAAUUGAACCACAAUAUACGCCAAGGGUUAAAUAAGCUUUAAAAAAUACAACCAGUAUAUAUAUAUUUUUUGUAUUUCAAAAAUAUCUUGAGCCCAAAUAAAUAAUUUCUUCUUCUUCUUCUUCCCCCUGCCUCCAAUGUACAUUUUAUCAUUGUAGUCACUGGGUGUUGAGUAUUGUUGGUGAAGCGCUUGUGCAGUACAUACCUUAACAGCACUAAGACACGGAAUGCUUCAGAUUUUCUUCAGUGAAGAUGCCCCGUUUCCCUCCCUCUCUUAACUACUGCCUAAGCGCAAAGUGUUGUGUUCCUAAAAGUGCGGACAAGGAACGGAAUAUGCAGUUAGGAAGAUCACUUGGUGGGGUUGUUACUUCCAGGGAGCUGCUAGCCCAGUCCAGUCAAGAUGGAGAAAGGUCAAGUAGUUGGUUGGCAAGAGGGAAACUGCAGAAUUAUGGGGCCCAGCGCCUGGGCUUUCCACAGCACCCAGAGGGGACCGCGAUCCUGCGUGUUGUGUCCGCAAGCAGGUCAUCGCCAGCUCCGUGCAUGUAGUGCGCCAACGCCAAUUCACAUGUCUCAAGGGGCCGAUUGUACCUAAGCUGCUCAAUCUGUGGGCCACUCAUGUCCUCUGUGUGUGAUGUUCGCAUGGAUCAGCCUAUGGUUAUAUUUGCUAGAUUAAAGCAGCAGAGAUCUGCAAACACAUCAAUUGCCAAAUGGCUAGAUGAGCUCCGUUACGUAAGCAGCUCAUACUGAGAGGAUGCGGAAUGGGGCAAGGGUGUAGGAUCUGCCUUCCUCUUGACGCUAGAACCACUGAUGGAAGCGGGGGAGCUUCUACCCGGCUCCUCCCCACUCUGUCCUGCAUGGAUUUCCCCUUUCUCUCUGCCAGCAGUAAUCAUGGUUUGUUUGUCUUUUAACCACAUCUGCCAGGAGCUUAUAGCUAACUAGGAUUAGCUUGUAAACCAGGAUUUGAGGCUGGUUGGCAGUGCUAGGAUGUAAUACCACUCUUAAAACUGACCAAGGGGCAGAAGAGGACGUUUGAGCCUGUGGGAUGUUGGCAAUCUGUUAGGGAUUGGCUAAGGACAUGAAAGCAGAAAGCUAGUUUGCGUUACAAGGCUCUGCAGGUGAUUGGACUUGGCUCUUGAGAAAAGGAAGGUGCUCGCUAGCAGGCCUUGUAUCUACAUAUAUGUGGAACCCCCCCCCCCCUUUUUAAAGUCAGCAGUGCCACACCACUGAAUCUAUGGCACGCUCGUGAACCGCCAAGACCGAUUCCAGAGCCUCGCAAUUCACGGAUCUUGUUUCCAUCAUGCAAGAGGUCAGGCAUACCUGCAAAGUGUAACAGGUCCCUUUUGCACCUGCAAAAAUAAUAAGCAAUGCCGAAGCCCUAAACACUGUCUGAAGGGCAGAGUAGAUAGGACUACUGUGAAUUCAGAUCAGUCCCUCAGGGAUCUUUCAUGUAUUUCUGCUUAUAGUGCAAGCUUUGAAAAGGCAAAUUCUUAAGAUGUUCAGAUGGAAAGGCAUUGCUCAGCAAAAUCAGAACAGAAGUCUCUGUUGGGCCCAAGCCUGGGCACCCAGAAGACCUUGUGAGAUUUUGUGUCUCCAUUACAGGGAUAAUCCCAAAUAAACUGCAGGUGUCCAUUUGUGUAUUGGCAGUGGUGGCGGGAGAAAUAUCCGAACACAAGGCUACUGUGCAAACUAGGCUUUUUAGGAAGGCAAGAAAAGCUAUCUCUUCAGAGGGACACACACAUUCCUUCAGCAAUUUGAGAAAGUAUUGCCUCCCACCAUCAAAGGAGGAAAAGUCUAUUAAAUGAAGGCUUGGUCUUGAGAUUAAGGGAGAUGUCUUAAGAAAAGCCUGCCAAAUGCAAAGUAUCUAAAACUGGAGAGGCUUCUUGGGAUAGACCAGCCUUCCCCAAACGCUGGCUGCUGUAGCAGCCGUAGUCCAAAACAUCUGGAGGGCACGAGGCUGGGAAACACUGACCUAGAUGUGCCAAAAAUGGCAUCCCACUGGCUAGGUUGAUUACCUGAAAUAUCCAGAGACAUUCACUAUACUGUGGCUCCCAAACACCAACGGUGAAGGGGGAAACUCGUGUGGUGAUGUCGCAACAUGGGCAAAUAUUCCUAAACUGUACAGGGGGAGAACUAGACUCAAUGAUAGCAUUUGGGGAGAUACUGCUGCUAUGAUUUCACUGCAAAGCACAAAGGAUUUCCCUCCACCAUCUUUAUGAACGAACAGCCACCCAAUAGACUUUUUUUUUGGGGGGGGGAGAGAAGGAGAGGUAGAAAGCAGCACAGGGGUGCUAUCUUCUCCCUGAAAAGCUUUGAAACUUAUCUACCUGCUUUGCUGAGGGACAGGCGGGGCCACGCCUUGGAAGCCUGGCUGCUGUGAAGCCACCAUGGGGCUGUCUGCAUCAAAAGAUGUUGUCCACCCACCCACCCCGCUCUCGUAGAAAAGCUUUGCCUGCAACUCCAUCGUGGUUGACAACGUAGCUGGGUUUCCCAGCCCUAUUUGAGAACAAUAGUGCACCAGGGCAAGAUUCAAGCAAAAUUUGUCUGUGCCGUUCCCUCAAGAUCCCUUUUCUCUGAUACAAAGCAGCAAAGUGUCAUACGGGUGGCCUCUACCAACCCAUUACUUGAGGAACUAAAAAGUGCAGCAUUAACAAUUUAUAUAUAUAUAUAUAUAUAUAUACAUAUACACACACACACACACAAAGUGCAGCUUUGCAUCAAGUUUUCCAGUACUCUUAAAACACCAAACUCGACACUCGCCCUUGAAGCUUCAUCUGGUGGUACAUUCAGUUCCAGAACUCUGUCACACAUAAUUGCAUUGAACAGAGGUUUUAAAAUAUCUUAAGUCCAGUUACUCUUGUAAAACGUGUGUCUU